AAAAAGGAAGACGGUGAGAAGAAAGAAGGUUGCGCUCUGGUGAGAGAGAGAGAGAGAGGGAGGGAGAGAGAGAUUUCAUUAGGUGGUGAAGGAUAAGUCUUAAGGGGUGAAGGUUAAGCUCGUGCGCACCAUCAUCGCCUGGGGUUUCUGGCAUUGCACCGACGCCCGGUAACGUACUCUGGCAUCAAUUUUUCAGAACCAUCACUUCCCCACUACUUGAAUAUGCACUCCAUCUGAUUCAUGCAACUAUGGUGUAAAUUGUCGUUAUUUGAUAUCUAGAGGUAAGGCUGAUGACAGGAGUAUUUGCAUGUCACGAGGAGUGCCCAACUGAAGCUUGGAAGUACCUAGCCGGCGUAUAGAAGCAGCAUGCCACUGGAAGACUUCUUUACCCUGACUGAGAUGAAAGAUGGGCUCGCGACCCUUGCUAGAGUUGAAGAGCUGGUUGCUGUUAUGCAGACAGCUGAGUAUGAUACGAAGAAUUUAGGUGAUGCAGCCAGGCAAUGGUCAACUGUUGCAAGCAUCUUAGCAGCCACUGGCAACGAGGAUUGUCUUAAUCAUUUUAUUCACUUAGGAGGACUUCGAUUUCUCGAUCAAUGGCUUCAGGUUGCUCAAAAACAUAGUAGUGACACAGACGAUAGCCCUGUGGAAGCAUCAAUCAGCGCUGUGGUAAGAGCUCUUGAGAAGCUGCCGAUAGAUAAGGAACAGUCCAUUGUUUCUCAGAUUGUGGCAACUCUCAAGCAUCUUUUCAGUCACAAGAGCUCUAAAAUCCAGGAAGAGGCAAGAGCUCUGUUUGAUAGCUGGAACCAGAUGGGUGAUAAAGAUAUGAAAGGCAAUGUUGUUAGGAAAGGAGAGACAUGCUGUGAUGAUGAUCCCAAGACAUCAGCUGAUGUGAAAGCAACCUCCGAGGACGGGUGCACAAAGUCUCCAGUUGUUGAAUCUCCUUCCAGAGGGAGUGCUGAUGAAAAGCCUGCUGGGAGUGGGUUCCAGCAUUCAGAUGCCACAAGAACCUCAGAUGCUUCCCAGGCUGAGACCUGUGAGGAAGUGAAAAAUGCUACAUCUAAUCAAGAAAUGCCAUCAACGACUUCAAACCAUGAUCCAGCAGGCUCCUCACCCGUUUCAAACACUUGUCAGGAAAGCUUGCCUGUAGCUGAGCUGUCCUCUAUUAUUCCUAGUGUAACCUCCAUGGAUGCAUGCAGUUCUCCAAUUACGAAGGAUCAAAAUGUUGACGUCAGGUCAUCUGGUGCUUCUGAGUUGGAAGAUAUCACUGGUGUUAAGAAAGAGAUGGAGAUGAAUCUUAAGGAAGGUAGCGCUUCUAGAUUUAUCAAAAAAGAAACAUGUGCUGUUUCUACGUCUUCCGGACACAAUGAUCAUGUGAAUGCUCAAACUUCUGUGGUGGAACCUGAUCUGUCAUGUGAUAUGGAUGCUAAAGAGAGCAAAACCCAUCUAAGAAAGACUGCAUCUGCUGAUCUUGGCAGUGGCCUACUGGAGUCGCAGCCAAAGAGUGGGGUGGUUGAUGCUGUGAUGCCAAAAUAUUCGAGAAACAAAAUAGAUCUCAGAUCUGCAGGGCAUGGUGGUGAAUCUUAUGCUAAGGCUUUGCCUGAUUUAGGUAGAAAUGGGUGUAUCCCAGAAAAGUCGGUUCUAGAGUCUUCCUCUUGCAGGAAGGAUGCUUCCAUAGCAGUUACAAAUGCUGAAGAGCUUUCCAGCAAGUCAAAAUCGAAGGCGAGCAAAGCAGCGGAUUCUGUUGUCACCACCAUCUUGAAACCAGUGAUGGGUGUUAGAGACUCAAAAGAGGUUGACAAGAGAAUGUCAGAAAUGGAACUGGAAUAUGGGGAGGACGAUGCAUUGGAAGUUGCUCGGCUAGUUGCUAGACAAGUAGAGCGUGAAGUUGUCGAUUAUAGAGAACCUUUCUGCAGCUCCUCUACUGAGAAAAAUUUGGAAGAGGAACGGCCUGGUAGCCCUGAUUCUGUGGAAGGCAAGCAGGAUGAACUAAUGAUGGAACAACUCAAUGACAAUGAAACUCCAAUGGAGCAAGAUAGUCCUGGUGGUGGCUCCUCUCCCAAGGCAAAGCGCUUAAGAAUUUCUAACAGCGGCAAUACUGAACCAGAAGGUCGAAAACAUGACUCAGAAUCACCUCGGUCUGCGGUGGUUCAAGAAUCAGGUGGUCAUGUUGAUAAAAGCAGAUGCGAUUUUGAUUUGAAUGAGGAUGUUUGCACGGAGGAAAUUGAAAGCCUGUUGGUUCCCAUCCCUAAUCAGGCGAACACGUUGUCUGCACCCAUUGCUGUUGUAGCUGCUUCGAAAGGAGCUCCCUCAUUGCCCACCACCCCUCUCCACUUCGAAGGAGAACUGGGAUGGAGGGGGUCUGCAGCAACAAGUGCCUUCCGCCCAGCGUCUCCUCGAAGAACUCCGGAUGGUGAGAAGACAUCUUUGGUUGAGUCUAGCAGCAAGAAUUCGAAGCCGAGACAGAACUUCCUUGAAUUUGAUCUGAAUGUGGCUGAGCGUGACAGUGAUGCCGCUAUCGAUCUGGUAACUGUGAAACCCAUUCCGGCAUCACCUGGCCUACCUUCAGGCGAUUCCUCCAUGGAAGUCAGUUCAAGAAGAGCAGAGAGGUUCAAGUUGGACCUCAACUGCAUUGGGGAUAAUGAUGAUGCUUGCCCAUUUCCGCCGUCGGAUUGGAGAGUGGAUGGACAUUUCCGUCACCACCAAAAUGGUAAUCACAGCCCAUCUCCUGCUUCAUCCUCAUCGUCAAAGCACCCUUCCAUGAGAGACUUCGAUUUGAAUGACCACCCAUCAUUCUAUGAAACACGCAGUUCCCUUGUUCAUCAUCAUGGCCUCCAAAAAUCAUCAUUGCAGGACACAAAAGCUUAUGGAAGUUUGAAACUCGAUGAUCCCGUUGUUUCAAGCAUGGGUUCAAGAAUGGCCUUUGACAGGAAAGAAUUCGCUGACAGAACUCAUUUGUUUCUGGCAAACAGUCCGUCAUCCAUGGGUAUGAGCCUGGCAAGAGCUGGUGGCGGUUAUGGUGCACAGCCUGCGAUAGGUCAUGCACCUAUGCCACCUCAUGCAUUCAGCUACAACAGCCUCACAAUGGGGCCCACCACCAUGUCUCUGUCCCCACAGUUGUAUGGACCUGCUGGGUCCCUCCCUUACAUGUUUGAUUCAAGAGGAGCCACUGGUAUGCCUCAGGUACUAGGCCAGUCGUCUGCUGUUCAUCCCUUAUCCCGGCAACCCCUUCUCAUGAACCUGACGGGUUCGCAGUCUGGUCUUAAUGGGUUCGGGGUCUCACAGACAGGUCUUGAUUUGAACUCCGGUCUGGUGUCGAUGGAUGGUGAGAGUAGGGACAUGGGGGCCAUGAGACAGCUGUUCAGUCAUGGCGGUUUGCAGCCAGCUAGCACGGGAAUGUCACUGAAACGGAAGGAACCAGAAUGCGGGUGGGAGCUGAACCUGAUCAGUUACAAACAGGAGAUGCCGUGGCAUUAGUUUCUAUUCGGGACAUUUCCUUUUUCUCUCAAGGCAACUUGGGUCAUGGAAUGAUCGAAGACAUUCAUUUGGCCGGCCCAGCAGAUGAAGAUGGUGGUGGGCCCAUUGGCAUUGUGAGAAGGGACUUGUUUUUUUUUUUUUUUUUUU